UGCAUACUCUAGAUAGUCUUCCUUACUCUAUCAAAAUCUUGUUGGAAUCAGCCAUUCGGAAUUGUGAUAAUUUUCAAGUGACACAGAAUGAUGUUGAAAAAAUCAUUGAUUGGGAGAAAACAUCUGCAAAGCAAGUUGAAAUUCCCUUCAAACCAGCUCGUGUGCUUCUACAGGAUUUCACUGGAGUUCCAGCUGUGGUUGAUCUUGCUAGUAUGCGGGACGCUAUGAACAGCCUCGACAGUAACCCUGAUAAAAUCAAUCCUUUGGUUCCAGUUGAUCUUGUCAUUGAUCAUUCAGUUCAGGUUGAUGUUGCUAGAAAUGAGAAUGCAGUUCAAGCCAAUAUGGAGUUAGAAUUCCAAAGAAACAAGGAAAGGUUUGCUUUUCUGAGGUGGGGUUCAACUGCAUUUAAAAAUAUGCUGGUGGUUCCUCCUGGUUCUGGUAUUGUUCAUCAGGUGAAUCUCGAGUACCUUGGGCGUGUAGUUUUCAACACAGAUGGCAUUCUUUACCCGGAUAGUGUGGUAGGGACAGAUUCUCAUACAACAAUGAUUGACGGGCUUGGAGUUGCUGGCUGGGGUGUUGGAGGAAUCGAAGCUGAAGCUGUGAUGCUUGGACAGCCCAUGAGCAUGGUAUUGCCUGGUGUUGUUGGGUUCAAAUUAUCUGGGAAAUUACAAAAUGGUGUCACAGCAACAGAUUUAGUUCUAACAGUAACUCAAAUUCUAAGGAAAUAUGGUGUUGUUGGCAAGUUUGUUGAAUUUUACGGUCAGGGUAUGGGUGAGUUGUCAUUAGCUGACAGGGCAACCAUUGCAAACAUGUCACCUGAGUAUGGUGCAACUAUGGGUUUCUUCCCAGUAGAUCACGUAACAUUACAAUAUCUCAAGUUAACUGGAAGAAGUGAUGAAACAGUGGAAAUGAUUGAAGCUUAUUUGCGUGCAAACAAGAUGUUUGUAGAUUACAACGAGCCUCAACAAAGAAUAGUGUAUUCAUCAUAUUUGGAACUUGAUCUAGCCGACGUUGUGCCAUGCAUCUCUGGACCUAAGAGACCCCAUGAUCGAGUUCCCUUGAAAGACAUGAAAGUUGAUUGGCAUUCAUGCCUUGAGAACAAAGUUGGAUUCAAGGGAUUUGGUAUUCCAGUUGAAGAACGACCUAAGGUUGCGGAAUUUUCAUUCCAUGGCCAGCCUGCUGAGCUUAAACAUGGAAGCCUGGUCAUAGCUGCCAUUACAAGCUGCACAAACACAUCAAAUCCGAGUGUCAUGCUAGGCGCCGCCCUUGUUGCAAAGAAAGCCUGUGACCUGGGUUUGGAGGUCAAGCCUUGGAUAAAAACAAGCCUUGCUCCAGGGUCUGGUGUUGUUACUAAAUACCUGCUUCAAAGUGGACUGCAAAAGUACUUGAACCAACUGGGCUUUAAUAUUGUUGGCUAUGGCUGCACAACUUGUAUUGGCAAUUCAGGGGAUCUAGAUGAAUCAGUGGCAUCUGCUAUUUCUGACAAUGAUAUUAUUGCUGCUGCUGUGCUUUCUGGAAAUAGAAAUUUUGAAGGUCGUGUUCAUCCAUUAACAAGGGCUAAUUAUCUUGCUUCCCCUCCAUUAGUUGUGGCUUAUGCAAUAGCUGGAACGGUAGAUAUUGAUUUUGAAAAGGAGCCCAUUGGAACCACAAAGGAUGGUAAAACUGUAUUCUUCAGAGACAUCUGGCCUAGCACUGAAGAAAUUGCCCAAGUUGUUCAAUCCAGUGUUCUACCUAAUAUGUUCAAGAGUACAUAUGAGGCUAUCACCAAGGGUAACACCAUGUGGAAUUCACUCUCAGUCUCAUCUUCAAGUCUAUAUGAAUGGGAUACAAACUCAACCUACAUUCACGAUCCUCCCUAUUUCAAGGGCAUGACCAUGUACCCACUUGGUCCUCAUGGAGUGAAAGAUGCUUAUUGCUUGCUUAACUUGGGUGAUAGCAUUACUACCGACCACAUAUCUCCAGCAGGAAGUAUCAACAAGGACAGCCCUGCAGCGAAGUACCUCCUUGAUUGUAGGGUUGACCGCAAAGACUUCAAUUCCUAUGGAAGCCGUAGAGGAAAUGAUGAAGUCAUGGCAAGGGGCACGUUUGCUAACAUCCGCAUUGUUAAUAAGCUAUUGAAUGGUGAAGUGGGCCCGAGGACUGUACACAUUCCAACUGGGGAGAAGCUGUAUGUUUAUGACGCAGCAAUGAGGUACAAGGCUGCUGGAGAAGAUUCCAUUAUCUUAGCUGGAGCAGAAUAUGGAAGUGGAAGCUCAAGAGACUGGGCUGCUAAAGGUCCAAUGUUGUUGGGAGUGAAAGCGGUGAUUGCAAAGAGUUUCGAGAGAAUCCAUCGUAGUAAUCUAGUGGGAAUGGGAGUUAUUCCUCUUUGUUUCAAGAAUGGUGAGGAUGCAGAGAAACUUGGCUUAACUGGCUAUGAGCGUUAUAACAUAGACCUUCCAAAUAAGGUCACUGAAAUUAAGCCUGGCCAAGAUGUUACUGUCACAACCAACAAUGGAAAAUCAUUCACUUGCACCCUUCGCUUUGACACUCAGGUAGAACUGGUGUACUUCGAUCAUGGUGGCAUCCUUCCAUAUGUCAUAAGGAAUCUUAGCAAACAGUAAAAGUGUAUGUAUGUAUGUAUCAUCUUACUCAAAUGUACUUCCAAAUUUCCAAUACUAUAGAUAUGCAAAGGUAAACUUAUGAAUAGAAACAGUC